GGGCGGAGGGAGGGGAGGGCGUGCCUUCGCCUGGCGGCCAAGCUGCUCCGCGUCGCGGCUUUCCGCCGCUGGGUCUGAGGUCCUGUGACUCGGUCCUCCCCUUGCGAGACCGCACCGCAGCGUGACCCAAGUCGACGGUAGGGACUCCAUCGUCGCCCUCUGCCCCUGUCGCCCCCUCAGGCUCUCGAGACCGGCCCCUGCCCACCUGUCCGGCUCGUGCAACAUGCGGCCCCUGGGCCUCGAUGGUACCUCCCCGCCCUGCCGGCGACCUCUGCUACGUCUGCUGCUCCUGCUGUCGCUGCUGCCACCGCUGCCGCCGCCCUUAACGCGCGCCCAGACCGCUCAGGGAACCCCCAGCGCCCCGACCACGCCGGCCACCUCCAGCACCCCAAGUCUGCGGAAGCGCGCGCGGGCUCUGAUGCGAAACUUCCCUCUAGUGGACGGCCACAAUGACAUGCCCCUUGUCCUGAGGCAGUUUUAUGGCAACAGGCUACAGGAUGUUAAUCUGCGCAAUUUCAGCCAUGGCCAGACCAGCCUGGACAGGCUUAGAGACGGUCUCGUGGGUGCCCAGUUCUGGUCAGCCUACGUCCCAUGCCAGACCCAGGAAAGGGAUGCUGUGCGCCUCACCCUGGAGCAGAUUGACCUCAUUCGCCGCAUGUGUGCCUCCUAUUCUGAGUUGGAGCUUGUGACCUCAGUUAAAGCUCUGAACAAUACCCGGAAGUUGGCUUGCCUCAUUGGUGUGGAGGGUGGCCACUCGCUGGACAGUAGCCUUUCCGUCUUGCGUACGUUCUAUGUGCUGGGUGUGCGCUACCUGACGCUCACUCACACCUGCAACACACCCUGGGCAGAGAGCUCAUCUAAGGGCAUCCAUCCCUUCUAUAGCAGUGUCAGCGGGCUGACCAGCUUUGGUGAGAAAGUGGUGGUUGAAAUGAACCGCUUGGGCAUGAUGGUAGAUUUGUCCCACGUCUCUGACACUGUGGCACGGCGAGCCUUGGAAGUGUCACAGGCACCUGUGAUCUUCUCCCACUCAGCUGCCCGGGGUGUGUGCAAGAAUGCCAGGAACAUUCCUGAUGACAUCCUGCAGCUUCUGAAGAAGAAUGGUGGUAUCGUGAUGGUGUCUUUGUCACCGGGGGUGCUGCCGUGCAACCUGUUAGCCAAUGUGUCCACUGUGGCAGAUCACUUUGACUACAUCAAGGCAGUCAUUGGAUCCAAGUUCAUUGGGAUUGGUGGAGAUUAUGAUGGGGCUAAACGGUUCCCUCAGGGGCUGGAGGACGUGUCCACAUACCCAGUUCUGAUAGAAGAGUUGCUGAGUCGUGGCUGGAGUGAGGAAGAGCUCCAGGGUGUCCUUCGUGGAAACCUGCUGCGGGUCUUUGGACAGGUGGAACAGGUACAUUUUUUUGUGUUCCAACUCAAAACUAAGUGUUCAUCAGGAUUCUCCUUAUUCUGGUGGACCCUGGACACUAACCUCUGCCUCUUUAGAGCACCACACCCCUAGUAGAAGAACUAGCCCAAAAGUUGGGCUCAUCUCUAGGUUUCCACUUUCCUUGGAUCCUCAUCAAGUAAUUUUUUAAUAUCUUGUUUAACUUUCUGAUGUCUUCAGGAAGAUCCUUUUUAUAUUUUGCCCAACAUUUCCAGUUAUCAGGAAGAGUAUAACUCUGAUUUACUUAGUCAACCAAAAUCAGACAUGUGAAAUGGUGUUUAUUUAUUAAUUCAAUAACAUUAAAAAUCUAUCAUAGGGGCAGUUGGGUGGCUUAGUUGAUUGUGCAUCCAACUUCAGCUCAGGUCAUGAUUUCUCAGUUCAUGGGCUAGAUAGAGUCCCACAUCGGGCUCUGUGCUGACAGCUCAGAGCCUGGAGCCUGUUUUGGAUUCUGUGUCUCCCUCUCUCUCUGCCUCUCUCCCCCCACCCAAAAAUAAAUAAACAUUUAAAAUAAAUAAAUAAAUAAUAAAUAAACUUAAAAAAUCAAUUAUAAACAUUAUGCUCCCUACUUUCACCUAAGACUAUUACAGGAAACAGCUGUAUGUGCAAUACUUCUGAACUUUUGAUAAAGUUUUGAAUUAACAAAUUCAUCAUUCACUAUAUUGUUUAUAUCACUUAAAUGAAGACCUCCCCUGGCAAGUCAGCUUGGUAUAUGAGACCAGAAUAAACAUUCCCUCUCUUUCUCCCUCUCUUCUGAGAUAGCCAAAGCUGAAGGCAGCAGGGUCAGACUUAGUCCUUAACCACUAGGCAUGAGAAGGGAGCAGUGAUGGACAGGAGGCAGUAGUGGCCAGAGGUCAAGGCCCUUCUUCUGGCACCCAAAAGGGGAGGCCCACCUAUCAGGGAGCCCAGGUGGGAGAACAGCUGACAGACACAGAUACAGAAGGGGGCAAUUCAUAUUUUAGUCUGUGUUAUAGACCCCUUUCAGCCUGGUAGGACCUCAUGCAGGCCCAGGAGGCCCAGACGCCACCCAGGUGCAGUUCUGAGAUCAGUUUCCCCUGUGUCAGGGCUUUUUUCUGCAGAAAACAAUGAAUUAUACCGCUCAGGCCUCCAGCCAUCCUGGAAACUGCCUUACCUUGAAGGAGGAUUUCUGCCCCACAUGAAGUCAUGUCAGACCAAGCCCCCUCAUGUUCUUAGCAGUAAGAAUUUUUGUCCCACUGUUCUACACCUUUGAGGACCUUCCAGCUCCUCCCUUACAGACAGCCAUCCUGUCGGAACUAGACCUUUGCUUGAGCUAUUGGCCAACUUGGGAUGGCCUCUCCACCUCCCUGCCCAAUGCAGACCCCAUCCUUUCCAGGCUCAGCUGCUGUGGUGCCUCCACUAAUCUCUUAGCAAACGGGCCAGCCCUCACCAGCACUACCCACAAAAUCCAGCCAGGAUGACCAUAUUGCAGAAAAACAUGUGACAUAAAUUGACCAGGGAGUAAUUUACCCCCUUUCCAAGAUGGCUAUAGUUAAUUAAUGUUUAGAAUCUAGAGUCUUUUUUUUUAAAUUUUUUUAAUGUUUAUUUUUGAGACACAGAGAGAGUAGGGGAGGGACAGAGAGAGAGGGAGACACAGAAUCCAAAGCAGGCUCCAGGCUCUGCACUGUCAGCACAAAGCCUGACACAGGGCUUGAACCCACAAACCAUGAGAUAAUGACCUGAGCUGAAGUCAUAUGUUUAACCAACUAAGCCACCCAGGAGCCCCUAGAAUCUAGAGUCUUUUUUGUGUGUGCCCAUAUAUUAACAAAUGUACAGAUGCAAAUUUCAAUACUAGUUACUAAAACAAAAUGGUUUCCCAUAAUAUUAUUCUUUUUUAAUUUUUUUAAUAUUUUUAAAAAUGUUUAUUUAUUUUUGAGAGACAGGGAGAGACAGAGCACGAGCGGGGCAGGGGCAGAGAGAGAGAGGGAGACACAGCAUACCAAGCAGGCUCCAGGCUCCAAGCUGUCAACACAGAGCCAGACGCGGGGCUCGAACUCACGAACCGUGAGAUCAUGACCUGAGCCGAAGUCGGACGCUCAACCGACUGAGCCACCCAGGCGCCCCUCCCAUAUUAUUCUUAAAUUUCAUUUUUAUUAAAAAAUGUAUAGGGGCACCUGGGUGGCUCAGUCGGUUGAGCGUCACGCUCAAUUUCCACUCAGGUCAGGAUGUCAUGGGAUCCAGCCCGGGUUAGGCCCUGCCUUGAGCACAGAGCCUGCUUGGGAUCUCUCCCUCUCUCUUUGCCGCUCUCCCACUC